UAUUUCAAUUCAUUCUAGUGAUAGUGGUUUGAUACUGUCUUACGACGCUGGUUGGCAAAAGAGAGGAAGUGGAAGAAAUUAUAAUAGUUUAUCAGGUCAUGGAUCAAUGAUUGGAUGUAAAACUGGAAAGGUGGUAGGCUAUGAUGUGAUGGCAAAGAGUUGCAGAGUAUGUAAAAGUGCUGAGCUCCGAGGACGGGAGAAGAAAGAACAUGAUUGUAGAAAGAAUUGGGAGGGAAGCUCAAAAUCAAUGGAACCAUCCAUGGCUGUAAAGAUCCUAAAAAGUAUUGAAAACAAGGGGCACAAAGUGAAAACUUUAGUUAUGGAUGAUGACACUAGUACCAUUCAUAAAAGAAGAACCCAUAUCAUUGAAAGAAAACCUACUAGCCAUUCCAAACCACCUAUAUGGUAAACAUUCAUCAUGCCAAGUGAAAUGGUGCAGAUAUCUACAAAAUAAGGAAACGUACACACCGAAGCAUCUUCCCUAUGGAAAAUAUCUCACCGACACGAAUCUGUUUGAAGACCUUCAGCAACUUUUUACAUCAUAUGCUAAUCAGUCAGAGAGACUUUCUUUACUUGAAAGCACGCAACAUAAUGAAAAUUUCAACCACAUUGUAUCCAGGAAAAACCCCAAGAAUAAUUUUUAUUCAGGAUCGGAAAGUACAAGUGUGAGAGUUGCAGCAGCAGUCUGUGAGAAAAAUAUUGGAGCUCCAUAUGUACUUCAGAUACAUGAAGAGCUAUCAUUGUCUCCUGGAACAUGCACCGCAAAAGACGCUGAAAGAAAAAUGAAGAAAAGGAAAAAGAAUUUCGAACAAAUAUCUUCAAAAGAGUUCAAAAAAAGAAGAGUUGAACUGAAGAAGAAGUCGGCAUCUGCAAUAUCAUCAUCUGAAACAAGGGAGGGUAUAACUUAUGAGAGUGGUGUACUUUCUCAAAGUAGUAGUAUUCCUGAUGAAAGAAUGGAGACUAUUCCAUCCCCUCCAGAACAGCUCCACCAAGUUCCACUGCCUCCGGGUGAAUACAGUAGAGUCUACUUUGAUCUAGAGACAACUGGUUUAGAUGCAUCAUGUGAAAUAACACAAAUGGCUGCAAGGUGUGCUGAUUUCUCUUUUUGUGAGUAUGUGCUACCAUCAGUUGCCAUACAGGAGACAGCCUCAAGGAUAACAGGACUUACCUGUGAUGGUUCUACUUUAUACAAGAAUGGUGUUCCCGUGCAAGCAUGUUCCAUACAGGAGUGUUUGACAUCAUUUCGUGAGUGGCUAAAUAAUACACCGGGGAUACGUAAACCUGUGUUAUUUGCUCACAACUGCAGAAAAUUUGACAGUGUCGUUUUAUGCAGAGCUAUGAGAAAGUUUUCCAAUAUACCACUACAAGACUGCAUUAUUGGAUUCUGUGAUACUCUUCCUAUGUUGAAAGAACACACAUCUUGUAAUCCAUCCAAUUCAACUCUGGAGACCCUUGUGCUUGAAAUACUAGGCUGUACAUUUGAUGCACAUGAUGCUUUAGAAGAUUGUGCAUAUCUGCAGAAACUUGUUGAGUACCACAACACAGAAUCCUAUUACUUGAACUAUUCUUUCAGCAUGGAUUAUAUCAUGCAAGUUGUCAACCAGAUGGAAGUUUCUAAAUCUAAUCUGCAAACUUUGAUGCCCUUGAUAAGGAACAAAGUAGUGUCGGAGAGCAUGGUGAAAAAGAUGUCGCUCUCUGGACUGUCUCUGCAUCAUAUUCAGUUGGCAUACAACAGAGGAGGGUUUGAUGGUGUACACAGUGUACUCAGUGAAAAUUUCAAUGGGAAACCCAGAGUGACAAAACGAAAAAACAUUAUUACAUCUGUUGUUCAGUUCUUGAAAGAAACAUAA